CAUUCGGCUGCGAGGGACUCGGGUCGCAACCGCGGCAAAAUGUUACACCCGCAGAUUAGCUAGCAACGCGCUGCUGCUUGAUUCCCUACUCAGCCUCGAACCCAUACGAACACAACGCCCCCGAACUGCACCCCUCUCAGCCCCUCCCCCAGAUUGCUGCUGACUCGCCCACGCCUCCCGCUGUCGGCGGCCUGACUGACACCAACCCCGAAAGCGCCCCCCGAGACGCCCCUCCGGCCUCGCCAAGAUGGCGACCGCGAGGUCGACGCCGUCGAUGGCCGAGGACCCGGCCAGGAUCCAGGAGCUGAAGGAGGAGCUGUACGAGGCCUGCGUCAACAAUGGCUCCAUCGGGCGCCUUUACACCCAAAAAGACCUCUUCGCGCUCGACGUGGUCCCCGAGGACAGCCCCAUGCUGCUCAUGCGCGUGGUGCAGGGCCUGACGGACGACAAGCUGCUCGUGCCCGUCAAUGACCAGCGUAAGGGUCUGUGUUGGAAGUACCGCACGCGCGAAGAUGCUCAAAAAUACAUCAACCUCCCCUCAAGCGAUGCCGUGCUUGUCUACUCCAUCAUCGACGAGGCGGGCGCCGACGGGAUCUGGUCGCGCGCGGUCCUGCGGCGCCUGGGCAUGCACGAUGCGACGCUCAAGCAGGCGCUAAAGCAGCUCGAGAGCAAGGGCUUCAUCUCGGAGAUGAAGAGCGUCGAGCACCCGAACAAGAAGAUGUACAUCAAGGCUAAUCUCAAGCCUUCCGAGAAGGCCACGGGCGGGCCGUGGUACAACGACUCAACCUUGGACGAGGCAUUCAUCGACGAGCUGGAGCGCGUCGUCUUUGACAUCGUCAAGACCCAGAGCACCUACAAGUCGCACGUCAACGGAACGGCCGCCGCGACAGGCGCCCGCGCGCCCAAAAAGGCCAUCAAGGGCUCGGCCGAUCAGGCCAAGAAGGGGAAGAAGCGCUCGGCCGUCGAGGCGGGCGUGGACGGCGGCGAGAAGCCGAGGGUUAACGGCCACGCCGCUGCGACGGCCGAGGCGGCGGCGGUGGCGGCGGCUAGGAAAAACGUGCUGCGGCCGCUGCCGGCCGGGUACAAGGGGUACCCCACGACAAAGCAGAUCGCCGUCCUGAUCGGCAAGGCCGGCAUCGCCAAGAACCAGACUCUCGCCGAGGACGACAUCCAGCAGCUCGUCGACGUGCUCGUCUUUGAUGGCCUCAUCGAGCCCGUGCAUCACGGGUACGAGCCGCGCAAGCCCGGCUACCGCGCCACCGCCAUCCCGCGGCUAGACGACGCCGCCACCAGCGACAGCAACCAGCUCGACGUUGUCCGCAUGGGCCCGCCCGCCCGCGAGAACGGCCUGACAGAGGCCCCCUGCGGCAACUGCCCCGUCUUUGAGCUGUGUGAAGAGGGAGGGCCCGUCAGUCCGCGCACCUGUAUAUACUACAACAGGUGGCUCGGCCUAGAAGAAGAAAAAAAGCCCGAAGUGGUUGAACUAUGAUAUUCACAUGCUCCAAGCUACGCCACCCGGUGAUGUCUUGACCUGUCUCUUGCAAUGAUUUGAACCUGGUAUUCUGGGAGUUCGGCGGGCAAACUAGAGCAGCCUGGAGACUGUGUAUAGUGGCCGAGAUUAAAUGAUACCCCCUGCGGCACAUGGGCCAUUUUUGGAAUUUGGAUCAGAGCGGCAAGUAACUGGCACAGAGUGGUGAAAUUCACUUGACUAGUUUAAUUUUGAGUCUAGGUUUCCCACCAAGGAUCUUGGUUGUCCUGUGUUUAAAAACGAUCUGUCCGCUUUUGCUCCCAAAAAAUUCGCCGUGGCGCCAAUGGCUGGUCUCUGG